AUGUCAGUGAGGACAAAACUCAAACACCUUACCUUCAAUCCAGCCAACAACAUCCGCUCGCUUUCCUCCUACUUGAAUUCACAGCCGCAGUCGUUCCGGCACCGUCCUUCUUCACCUCCGGCGAAAACCCAGCAAGAAGAUCCGCAUUCCCUUAUCAAAGAAGACCCAAUUCAAGUCCUUUCGGACCUCUGGGUCAAAACCUUUUCCCAACGCCAGUCCCCAAAGCCAUUUUCCAACCUCACCGGUUUCCUCUCCAAGUUAGACCUCUGGGUCCUCGCUUAUCAGCGGACGUGCGCCCACGCCACCGGAACCUUCCCGCCUCGUAAUGCUUUUCACUCGAAUGUUCUUUCCGGACUCGUAUCUCUACGGAAUGCUGUUGUGCAGAACAAGUUUUCGUGGAAUUGCCGGACCCAGCAGUUCAUUCGAGGUCCCAAUGAGAAGCCCAUCACUGCAGCGCUCUCGAGAAAACAGUUGAACGCGAUUCUGAACUCCAGGAAGACGACGUUUCAAGAUCGGGUUGUUCAGGAGGUACUUUUAAUGAUUCUUGAGCCUGUUUUUGAGCCGUAUUUUUCGCCUAAAUCGCAUGCUUUUAGGCCUGGUAGGAACGCUCAUACUGUAGUUAGGACUAUUAGGAGCAAUUUUGCUGGGUACUUGUGGUUUUUGAGGGGUGAUGUCAGUGAGAUUUUUGAUGAAAUAGAUGUGAAUGUAGUCAUGGAGUUUGUUGAAAAGGCUGUGAAAGAUAAGAAAGUUUUGAGUUUGAUAAAAUCUGGUCUAAAGGGAGGUGGUGGUACUUUUUCACAUGAGCCAGAGGAUGGGGGGAAAAUGAAAAAGGGGGAUCGGAAGAGAGCAAAGACGAAGAAGAGGAUUUUAAAUGAGAAUGAGCCGAAACCAGACCCUUACUGGUUGAGGACAUUUUUCAAUUUUGCACCUGAAGAGGCUGCAAAGCUACCAGAAUAUGGAUAUUGUGGAAUACUUAGUCCGUUGCUAGCUAACGUGUGUCUUAACGAACUGGACCAGGUCAUGGAAGAGAAGAUAGUAGAGUUCUUUAGGCCUUCUCAACGAGAUUCGAUAUGGAGACAUUCAAUAGACGAUGGUUGUCAUAACCCUUCUUGGCCCGAAUUUGUUCCAUCAAGUGGGAAGGAGAAGACAAGGAAGAUGGAUUAUAUUCGAUACGGGGGGCAUUUUCUUAUUGGAAUCCGGGGACCAAGAGAGGGGGCAGUGAGAAUUAGGAAGGAAAUCAUUGAUUUCUGUGAGGAAAAAUUUGGAAUAAGAUUGGACAACUCUAAAAUUGAGAUUCAGCAUAUCGCUAGGGGAGUUGAAUUUCUGGAUCACAUUAUAUGCCGCAGAGUUAUUUAUCCUACUCUUCGCUACACAGGGACUGGUGGGAAGAUUGUUAGCGAGAAAGGUGUGGGGACUUUGCUUUCUGUCACAGCCAGUUUGGAGAGGUGUAUUCGCCAGUUUAGGAGACUUGAAUUUGUGAAAGGUGACCGGGAUCCAGAACCACUCCCUUGCACUCCAAUGCUUUAUUCGGGGCAGGCACAUACUAAUGCUCAAAUGAAUAAAUUCCUUGAAACGAUGGCUGACUGGUACAGAUAUGCAGAUAACAGGAAGAAAAUUGUUGGUUUUUGUGCUUAUGUGAUCCGAAGUUCUUUAGCUAAAUUGUAUGCGGCCAGGUAUAGGUUGAAAUCUCGUGCAAAAGUAUACAAAAUUGCUGCACGUAACCUCAGCCGUCCAUUGAGAGAGAGCAGCAAUAAUUCUGCUCCAGAAUAUUCUGAUCUUUUAAGGAUGGGACUAGUUGAUGCAAUUGAAGGCGUGCAGUUUUCUCGCAUGGCUUUAAUUCCUUCAUGUGAUUACAGUCCAUUCCCUAGGAAUUGGGUCCCAGAUCAUGAAAGGUUGUUGCAUGAAUACAUCAAGUUACAAGACCCGAAAUUCUUCUGUGAACUGCUCAAAUCUGUCAAAAAGAAAGGUCAAACAUUGCCACAAGAUCAAAUUUCUGAGAUUUUGUGGCACUGCAAGGUACUUGGUAUCAGAAGCUAUUUUAAUGGUGCACAAGAGAUGCCUGAUGCUUCUACAACAUCAAUAUAG